AUGGAGAGUGCUGGUGCGAACACGAUACCAUUCGCGUUGGCGUCUGCGGGCUGCCUUCAGCACGCCUUGGUGCGUGUAGAGCUGACCAACGGUGUUGUGAUGACGGGGCGCAUUGUGCAGCUCGACGCGGAGACGAUGAACAUGAAGCUCGACGCUGUCAGUGACACUGCAGUUCGCCACCGCCGCUGUAGCGGUAGUGAUGAGAAGCACGCAACGGUGACGUGGGAGGCGGACCCCGCAGCGCUGCGCUGCACCAACAGUGUGGUGAUUCGUGGUUGCCACGUGCGCUACAUUGACUUCGUUGACGAGGAGGUUGGCGGCGGCCGUGGACUGCACGAGUUAAUGGCGGCAGCGUGUGUUGUGCGACCGUCAUUGGCCUGA